AUGAAUUUUCAAGCUGGCAGUGAUGGAAAUUUGUAUAUUGGUUCCACUGAAAAUCCUCAAUUUUCAACCCAACUUUCAAACUCUGAUGAUAUAUCUAUUUUCACCAAUACUGAAGAAUCUCAUUUAUCUACUCCAGUUGAAUCUAACUCUAAAAGAUCACAUGGCGGCAACUUCACUGCAGAAGAGGAUCUUCUCAUUGUGUCAGCAUGGCUUAAUACCAGUUUAGAUGCUGUGCAAGGAAAUGAACAAAAACACAAAACAUAUUGGGCACGAUUGUUGGAGUACUUCCAUAAAUACAAAAAUUUUGAAUCUGAACGUACAGAAGUUUCUUUGAUAAACCAUUGGUCAACAAUUCAAUUAGCUACAAACAAAUUUUGUAGAUGCUAUGUUCAAGUUGAAUCAAGAAACCAAAGUGGCGUCAAUGAGCAAGACAAGAUUGCUAAUGCAAAAUUCCUAUACCCAGAACUAAAUAAAGGUAAAUUCCAAUUUGAGCAUUUUUGGAAUAUAUUGAGACUUCAGCCGAAAUGGAAGGAAGAUUGCCAAAAGAAAAAACCGAUAAAAAAGAAAGACAAAAGUCCUACUCCUACAUCAGAGACUCAAGUGAAUUUUAGAGAUGACAACAUUACAAGUCCUGACUUUGUGGACAUAAAGAGACCACUUGGAAGGAAAGCUAAAAAAGACAGAAAGAAAAGGAAGGGCAAAGAUAUGGAAAAUGACUCAACAGGUUCAUAUGUGAACUUAUUACAAGAAAUGAGAGACGAAAAGAGGCAAUUCAAUGAAAAGAAAUUAGAAUUAUUUGAAAAGGCUUUUAUUCAAGGAUAA